UGAGUUGCGGAUGAUGCACAGCGUGAAUAUCAGUUCAUCGUCAAGAGAUUGUGCAUCAACACCAAACAUAAUUGUUUCAAUUUUUGAUAAUAUAAAACAAUAAGAAGCAAAAAUGCGAGUUAUUUUAAAUUAAAAUUUAAUAUUUUGAAAUUUUAAUGUUUAUGAAAUCUAAAAGAGUACAAAUUUAAUUAUUUUUGGGGAAAUUGUGGAAGUUUUAAAAGUUUGUUAAAUUUUUAUGUGCGUCAUGAGUGCAACAGCAGCUGCAGUGGGAUUAUUAGUAGCUGGGACUGUUAUUGCUGUUACUGUGUACAAUCAGAAUCAAGCCAACACUCAGCUGGCGGACGCGAGAGGUGUGAACUUCACCGCGCUCAUGGAUCCCAAAGGACCUAACGUGCAGUUUAUUUUAUUCACAAAUGGUAACAAUGGAUUUAAUCUCAAAGUUGGCGAUUAUCAAGGUUUUGAAAAUUCUGGAUUCAAUAUAACCCAUCCGACUAAAAUAAUCAUACAUGGUUACUUGAGUUCUAUCCGAGAUGAAGUGUUUUACUUAAUGAAAGACGUGUAUUUAUCAACUGGUGACUACAAUAUAAUCGGCAUGGACUGGAGCGCCCUCUGUGAUUUCGAAUACUUCUCAGCGAUGCGCGGCGCGCAAAUGGCCGGCGACGCGCUAACCGCAUUCAUAAACUUCUUAAUCCGCACGGGCGUACAAUAUGCAGAUAUCCAUGUAAUCGGGCAUAGUUUAGGCGCUCAUGUGGCUGGCACAGGCGCAGAUGCAAUCCAAGGCGGUAAAGUAGGCCGCAUCACAGGUUUGGAUCCAGCUGGACCAGGUUACGGUGCUAUGCCACCUAACCUCAAACUUGAUCCAGGCGACGCUCAACUUGUCGACGUCAUUCACACGUACAUGCGCAUUUUAAGCCUUGCUGAACCUUUGGGACACGUGGAUUUCUAUCCGAAUGGUGGGAGAUUCCAACCUGGAUGCCCGGAGUUGUUAGAUAUUUGGAAAGUGCCUGAAAGUAUAAAUUGUAAUCAUGGCCGUGCUUAUGUGUACUUCAUCGAGAGUAUCCUGAAUCCAAGGUCAUUCAAGGCACAAAAAUGCGCAAAUGUUCAGGAGGCCAUCUAUAGUCGAUGUUUUGAAGAAUCUGAAGUCUUCAUGGGGCACGAGGAAACAUACACUAAUGGCUUGUACUACGUGAAAACCAACCUCAAGCCGCCAUUUUCUCUAUCAGCAUAACCAAAAACACUCAAAAUAUAUAAAAUAUAAACGUUUUGUUUGAUUUAAAUAACAGAAAACUUCAACUUAAGUCUA